AAAUCAAAUUUUAUUGAAAGGAAAUGGCAGCUAACAAAUUUUGGAAAAAGAAGGAAUUAUCAAGCUUGGAAUAAUAAGUAGGAGCAGCUUUGACAUAAAUUGAAACAACAAUCACCGAAGUUAAAAAUCUCAAAGUGUCAUCAGUUGUUGACUACACUGCUAAAAUUAAUGCAUAGAAGUAGGUCUAUUUGGUAUUGAUCCCAUAUCCAUGUUUGAGCAUUUAUAAUAGGAUUAGCUCAAAAUUAUUACCUGAAUUGGAAAAGAGAGUCAAAGCUACAAUCUUGGUAGCUGCCAAAAGAACAAUUGAAAGCAAAUGGGUAAAGAGUCACAGAUCUUAAACCAGACCAAACUCAAGAACACUCACAUCUGUCUAUGACGGCUUACUUGAAGAUUUGAUUAGUCCAUCAGUCAUUCUUGGAAGAAGAACAAGAGUCAGAGUCGAUGGCACCAAGUUUUAUAGAAUAUUCCUCGAUGAAAGCGAUUAAAAGGAAUUAGAGCACAGACUUGAUGCAAUUAAAAAUGUCUACAAAGUACUCACAACCAGAGAUUUGGAAUUUGAAUUCAGAAGAGAUGAUACAUUCUAUCAAAAGAGAGGAGCAAAGAAAGUAGCCAAAAAAUGAUUAUGAUUAUCAUUAGUAUAGUAAAAUACAUAUAGUAUAUCGACCAAUAAGAUUUCAAA